AAUUAUAAUUUAGCUGUUUAUAUGGUUCAAUUUUUUAUAUUUUCGCUGUGUAAUUUUUCACCAUAUCUGUAAAUGAAUUGAUUAUUGAAUGGAUUUGAUUUGGCUAAGGAAAAUUGAUUGUUACAACACGCAUCUACUUAAGUUCAAAAAUGAGAAUCAGGUCGAUUCUUAAUAAACUCAUUGUUAUUGGUCUGAUAUCUAUAACAAUUUGUUUUUUUCUAAUCAUGCGACUGUUUUCUGAUGCAAGUUCAACAAAAGUUUCUUCUCGCUCAUUACAUUCAACAUUGUCCCAACCAAAAUUAGCUGUAAUUGUGCCAUAUCGCGAUCGUUUUACAGAGCUUCUUUUAUUUGUGCCACAUUUAUCCAGAUUCUUACACAAACAAAACAUACCUUUCACAAUCAAUGUAAUCAACCAAAAUGACUCUUACCGUUUUAAUCGUGCCUCUCUGAUAAAUGCUGGAUAUUCAUUAGUGAAAGAUAACUGUGACUACAUAGCUAUACAUGAUGUUGACUUGUUGCCACUUAAUCCUAACUUGGAGUACAGGUAUCCUGAACAUGGUCCAUUUCAUGUGUCAUCGCCAAAUUUACAUCCAAAAUAUCACUAUGAAAAAUUCGUUGGUGGAAUCUUGUUGAUCAAAAAUGAUCAUUUUGAACUAGUGAAUGGACUUUCUAACAAAUAUUGGGGUUGGGGACUUGAGGAUGAUGAAUUUUAUUUAAGACUUAAAGAAGCCAAUUUGCAAAUAACAAGACCUACCAACAUUGCCACAGGAAUUGAAGACACAUUUCUGCACUUGCAUGAUCCAGCUGUCAGGAAAAGAGAUUACGCUAAGAUUUUUAAUCAAAGAGAAAUUACUCGCAAAAGAGAUAGAGAGACUGGACUUCACGAUGUCAAGUUUGAAUUAACCUCCAAAACUAAGAUGACAAUUGAAGAUUUUGCUUGUGAUAUUUACUCAGUCAAACUUAAUUGUGACUAUAAAUUGACGCCAUGGUGUGAUUUUUCUCUAGUCAACAAAAACAAACCAAAAAAUGUCAAGCCAAAAAUAUAAAUCAAACAAUUCCGUGAGUUAUUUUUCCAGGUGGAUUUUCAUUCGUUAAAAGUGAAGUUGUUAAAUCACCGGAAAUUUUGGUCAUUAGCACUUAUUCUCUGGUUCCUGAUAUAACCUUUGAAGUUACUCCUGUUAUGAAAGGUCGAGGUAAACUUGUUCACAUAGUGGCUAUAAAGGUAAAAGACGAACUGGUGGAUCAGCGUUGGCCGAGGUUUAUGGUCAACUUGGUAAUUUGGUUCCUGAUGAUGAUGAUCCUUCAAUUUCAAGGAAAUGUUUUCCCAUGAUUCAAGAUUCGAUACGUCUUAAAGAAGUGCUUUCAGGUCACGAUAUCUCUGAUGGAGGUUUAAUCACUACACUUUUAGAGAUGGCUUUUGCCACCAGUUGUGGUUUAACACUGAACUGUACUACUUUAUUACCAAAUGAAUCACCAAUUGACUACCUUUUAUCUUAAGGAGUUGUAAUAUUUGUUGAAGUAUCAAAAUAUAGUAUAUCCUCUUUUAUGGACCAAUUAGCCGCAGCGCGAAUACCAGCUUCAAUUAUUGUUGAAAUUAAUUUUCAAUAACCGUUUAUCAAGAUAAAUGUCGGUUAUUUGGGAGAGAACAAGCUUCGAAUUAGAGAAGCAUUAAGCAAAUUUUGGCUCACAAGGAACUUAGUCAACGCAAUGCAGAUUUGUUUCGGUUAAAAUCAACGAAUAAUAAUUCUAUAAUGCUCAAAGGAAUGAGCUAAUCUGUUUCAGCUAUUCGAUGAACCCCAAUAGAAGUGCCUUAGGAAUUGCUGGAUUGACAAGUUAUGAUGGACGGCAUUUGGCCAUGAUGUCUCAUUCAGGAAAGAUGCACACAAUUAUGGCAAUGUCCUUACGUACCUAAAGAAUGGAAGAAACUGAAAGUCAGUCCGUGGUGUAAAAUGUUUUACAAUGCUUAUGAUGAUGGUUGAAGCAUGGAAUCAAUUUCUUGCAUUUUCUGAGCCAAUCCAAAAAUCGUGCAAUAAUCAGCAUGAUUCGUCGAUGACGGUUUUCACAUAUCUUAAAAAUCAAUUUUCACUUUGAAUUAAAUGAUUAAACAGAUUUCAAAAAUCUAAUCUGAAAUUUAAUUGCUGA